AUGAUCGGCACUGCGGCAUGGUUGAAGUCGCAGGAGCGCACGAUAAGAGACUCUUCACAACCGGCUGCUUCUUUACUGGGGGCUUUCGCUGACAUCUCCAUCAUUCAGUGGCAAUUAUAUCCUAAGCCGAAGCUUGGCGACAUGGGCUCAGCCGUCGAGACGACGGCCGGUGAACCCAGCACGAACAAUCCUCGUGCCUUUCGAGACGUUGGCACCCCAGGCUUCCUUGCACCCGAGAUGCAUCUAUGGCACUCCAGCAAUCAUCGAGGGUGGCAUGAUAAGCCUCGUCUCAAUGCUGCAACCAAUAUCUAUGGCAUUGGCAUGGUCAUAUACGUCAGUCACUAUAACCUAGAUCAGCCCCCUGCACCCAGGAAUUUCCCCGAGGGGCCUCUGCCGCCAGGAGCGCACACGGAGUCGGUAUCGCUUACAAUCUUGACAUCACUGAUGUGGCGAUGUCUAUCCUUCGCACCGGAUGAGCGUCCUUCGCUGGACGACAUCUUCAAUACGUUCCUACGCAAAUCAAAAGGACAACUAAUUCCUAACGAUGAAUACUUCGCGAAAAUGCAUAAACUCGUCCCGAAAGUAGCACAGCCCUGGUUCGAUGGUGAUCGAGGUGCACCAUACCUCUUGGACAUUGACUUCCCCGACAACUACCGAAUCGGACUGACCAGAAACAACUUGCCCCCCCAGUAG